AUGUCCCCUAGUGUGAAGCAGACGAAUACAAUUCCUCUUCAGGUACAGAUGUAUCGUAUAGAUGUAGAUCCUAAAAGUAACAAAGAAAUGACACCCUGGAUUCAGCCUCUCUACCCAGCCUCUCUACUCAGCCUCUGUACCCAGCCUCUGUACUCAGCCUCUCUACCCAGCUUCUCUACCCAGUCUCUCUACUCAGCCUCUGUACUCAGCUUCUCUACUCAGCCUCUGUACCCAGCCUCUGUACUCAGCUUCUCUACUCAGCCUCUGUACCCAGCCUCUGUACUCAGUCUCUCUACUCAGCCUCUGUACCCAGCCUCUGUACUCAGCUUCUCUACUCAGCCUCUGUACCCAGCCUCUGUACUCAGUCUCUCUACUCAGCCUCUGUACCCAGCCUCUGUACUCAGCUUCUCUACUCAGCCUCUGUACCCAGCCUCUGUACUCAGUCUCUCUACUCAGCCUCUGUACCCAGCCUCUGUACUAAGUCUCUCUACUCAGCCUCUGUACCCAGCCUCUGUACUCAGUCUCUCUACUCAGCCUCUGUACCCAGCCUCUCUACCCAGUCUCUCUACUCAGCCUCUGUACUCAGCUUCUCUACUCAGCCUCUGUACUCAGUCUCUCUACUCAGCCUCUGUACCCAGCCUCUCUACCCAGUCUCUCUACUCAGCCUCUGUACUCAGCUUCUCUACCCAGCCUCUGUACUCAGCUUCUCUACUCAGCCUCUCUACCCAGCCUCUGUACCCAGCUUCUGUACCCAGCUUCUCUACCCAGCCUCUGUACUCAGCUUCUCUACCCAGCCUCUGUACUCAGCUUCUCUACUCAGCCUCUCUACCCAGCCUCUGUACCCAGCUUCUGUACCCAGCUUCUCUACUCAGCCUCUGUACCCAGCCUCUGUACCCAGCCUCUGUACCCAGCUUCUCUACUCAGCAUCUCUACUCAGCCUCUCUACCCAGCCUAUGUACCCAGCCUCUGUACCCAUCUUCUCUACUCAGCCUCCCUAUCCAGCCUCUGUACUCAGCCUCUCUACCCAGCCUCUCUUCCCUUGAGUCUUCCAGUCCAGAGCCUGCUUGGCAAUAG